AUGAGUGCAGUGAAUUCGGACAAUAAACAAAUCUCUAGUACCCUCUCUAUUGAAGCUGAAUCUUUUACUCCAGGAAAAAUGUGCAAUUCUGAUGAAAGUAAAAAUAACGCUAGGCUUUCCGGUGACCUUCCUAGCAUCUACACAGGUACUACUUCUCUUCAAGUGGAAGAAAGAGUAUCUAGAGGUGAAAAUAAAGAAGUAUUGCUAUGUACAGUUCUUAUCAAGGCUUUAGAUUCUUCUGGGAGGUUUCAGUUAUGUCGUGCCUUAUUAGACCCUGGUAGUCAAGCUAAUUUUAUUACUGAAGAUUGUGUUAAUCGACUUGGAUUAGGUAGAAAAAAGGCAAACAUAGCGGUGUCAUGCCUUGGCGCUACUGCCGCUCGUACUAAUGGUCUUGUAGACUUGGAGUUUUCUCCGCAUUUCGAUUCUAAGCCAAAGCUUAAAAGUUCAGCAUUUGUAAUGAAUAAAAUUGUGGGAAAUCUACCGCACACAUCAAUUGAUGUUAGAAUUCAAGAAGCCUUCAAGGAUCUAGUACUCGCAGACCCCUCUUUUCAUAAGUCAGCUCGAAUUGACAUUUUGCUUGGUAUAGAUAUUUUCCUUCAAGUGUUAAAAGGUGAAAUUAGCAACGGAGGUGAUGGUUAUCCCUCAGCAGUUCGUUCUUCUUUUGGCUGGAUCAUUUCAGGAUCUGUCAAUUUAUUUAGGGAUAAUGUUCCACUUGUGUUAAAUAAUAUAGAUAUUGAUACUAAUGAACUUAUUUCUAAGUUUUGGGAGUUGGACUCGGUGCCAUCUGUUAGUUUUCUAUCAAGUGCUGAGAAGGCUUGUGAGGAACAUUUCAAAAAUACUCAUUCUAGGGCUGAAGAUGGAAAAUACAUAGUAAAAUUGCCUUUCCACACCUCUCCAACAGAAUUAGGUGAAUCUAGACAGCAUGCUUUACGCAGGUUGAAUGCAGUUGAACGUUCCUUAAGCUCAAACCCGGCAAAAUAUAAACAGUACCAGGAUUUUAUGAAGGAAUAUCUUGAACUGAAACACAUGCAACCAGUUCCCGAAACUGAUUAUGCAAAGAGUGAAGCAUAUUACAUUCCUCAUUUUCCAGUUUUGAGAGAGUCUAGUACAACAACGAAAUUGAGGGUGGUGUUUGAUGCAUCGUCCAAAUCAUCAUCAGGAUACUCCCUAAAUGAUCUAUUGAUGGUGGGCCCACGCUUGCAGUUGGAAUUGUAUCCCAUUCUACUUCGAUUCAGAACAUUUCCAGUUGCAGUCUGUGCCGAUGUGGAGAAAAUGUUUCGACAAAUAAGGGUACAUCCUGAAGACGUAGAUUGGCAGAGAAUUUUGUGGAGAAGUAAUUUAGAAGAACCGGUAAAAGAAUACAGAUUGCUCACGGUAACGUAUGGAACUGCAAGUGCGCCAUUUCUCUCCACGAGAACAAUACUUCAGCUUGCCUUAGACGAGAAGGAUAGCUAUCCCCUUGCUUCAAACGCUACAUUGAAUCAUUUUUACGUUGAUGACCUUUUAAGUGGUGCGUCAUCGGAAGAAGAAGCAUCUGAGCUUGUGAAGCAGUUAAAGACUAUGAUGGCAAAGGGAGGAUUUAAUCUUCGUAAGUGGAAAUCUAAUAACACCAACGUGAUUAAAGAAUUCCUAGAUGAAGAAGAGGCUGCAAACUUAGAAACUGAAGUUAAGCAACCAAGGCAGUACACCUAG